AUGGCAAAUGAAAAUGAGGAAUUAUCGGAUUUGGAAAAAGUGAGAGUGAAAAAAUGUGUAAAAGGGUUCGACGAACUCGAAAAAACAGUGAUUGAGGAGAGAUUGAGGUAAGUGUUGUUGAAAAAACCCUAUUUAGGUUUACUAGUUUUUUUCAUUAAUUGAUUUUGCAGACUCGAAGAAGAAAUGUCUCAUUUGGACCCAGAGGAUAUACGGAAAUUGUUUCAACGAAAAAAUGGAACUAUUCAAUACAGUGACGAUCUUUCGGAAUAUUAUAAAAAGCUUUGGUCGAUAAAUUUGGAUGUGAUGUAUCAACAAUUUUCAGAGUUUAUUGAGAAUGUAAUGGAGUCAUCAAAUAAAGAACUGAUGGAAACUGAUGAUGAACUAUUGAAUAGCUUGGUAUGUGAUGAUCAAAAUGAUCCGACGCUAGUUUUAAGACCAGAAAAAAUUAAAAAAAAACAUCGUGGCAGUAAUAUUUUUAAAUAGCACUCAAAAUAUAGAUCCAGAGAUGGUUUAACUCGAGUUUUUCAAAACUACACGUGGCAACUAUUCGGUUCUGUAUUAAAUUGUGACCAUUUUUUAUAAUUAAUCUAAAAUUUUUCAGGCAACCGGUAUUGAAGAUGCAGGUAGAAUAUCAGUAGGCGAAACAUGUUCAACUAUUCACAAUAGCGAUUUCAACACAAAAUGGCGAUUCGGAAUAGAUUGGUUGAAAUGGUUUCCACCUCUAACAUUUCACACAUUUUUGUCGCAUUAUUUGCCAGUUUCUGGUGCUGUAUCACAUACACUUUAUACAAUUCAUCUUUUUAGUCCAAAUAUUAUCUCUCGGUUAGUUUUUUGAUUGGAGUGCUUAUUUUCAUUGUUUUAUUGCAGUUUGUUCUCAACUCGUGAUUUCGCUGUCAGUAAUACGAUUCUGUUCAAUGCAAAUGUGGGACUUGGUUUCUACGUGUAUUUCAAAAAACAUUUGCAUUGUGUCAAUCCAUGGGAAAGAGUCGAAUUCAGUAUUUUGACAUCGACUAUUUUCAAUUUCAUAAGUUUUCCUGCCGCUGUUUUGUUCAAAUCCAUCUUCCCGGCAAAGUGAGUUUUCUAUCUUGAAUUUCGAAAAUGAAAGUUGAUUUUAGAUCACAAACAUGGCUCAAAACAUUGUUUGCAACAUCUUUCAGUAUCUACCUUUUGUCGGGAGCAUAUCGUUAUAUGGGGCUUUUCGAUUCAAAAAAUUCAAGAUCUUUUAUCUCGACAGAGGCAAUGUAUUCUGACACCGGCAAAUUUGAUUCUCUCGAAGUCUCGCAUCUUCAGCUCACAGAUAUCUCAGAUCAAGUAAUUUGUUGA